UUCUCAGAAACCCACCCAGAACCUCCACCUCCGACACCAUGGUCAACUCCUGCUGUGGCUCUGUCUGCUCUGAGGAGGGCUGUGGCCAAGGCUGCUGCCAGCCAAGCUGCUGCCGCCCCAGCUGCUGUGUGUCCAGCUGCUGCAGACCCCAGUGCUGCCAGUCUGUGUGCUGCCAGCCCACCUGCUGUCGCCCCAGCUGCUGCAUCUCCAGCUGCUGCCGGCCCUCCUGUGGUAGUUCUAGCUGCUGUGGCUCCAGCUGCUGCCACCCCUGCUGCCGCCCCUGCUGCCAGCCCUGCUGCCGCCCCUGCUGCCGCCCCUGCUGCCAGCCCUGCUGCCGCCCCUGCUGCCGCCCCUGCUGCUGCCUGCGCCCAGUCUGUGGUCAGGUCUGCUGCCACAGCACUUGCUACCGCCCGACCUGCUGCUGCCAGCCCAGCUGCUGUGUGUCCAGCUGCUGCCGCCCCAGCUGUUGCAUCUCCAGCUGCUGCCGCCCCUGCUGCUGCCUGCGCCCAGUCUGUGGUCAGGUCUGCUGCCAGACCACUUGCUACCGCCCGACCUGUGUGAUCUCCACCUGCCCCCGCCCCAUGUGCUGCGCCACCCCUUGCUGCUGAAUCUUCUCUUCGAAUGCACCAUUAAUCCCCUCAUUCUCUACAGAUGAAACCCUUCCUUCUAGAAAAUAUGUAGUGUUUAAGGGACUUGAUUUCCCGAGUCCCAGAACUCAGUCUCAUUUGCAGUUGUUCUGUGCACAUAUUCUGACUUCUGUCCCAAGUUCUUCCUCUUAGAAUGAGUUUAUCAAAAAUCUCCCAAUAACUUAACAGGCCUCCCCCAACAUGUCUCACCUUGUCUUUUUAUCUAUUCAUCAUGCUGGAGGAAUUUAAAUUAUCCCUGGCACUUGUAGGAGCAUAACCUACAAGUUUUAACCCUUCUGCCAUUAAAAUCCAAUAAAGUGUCUUUUAUAGUCUUUGCAAAAAUUUUGAUACUUUAUUAUCUCUGUGUAACAAAAAUAAACAUCCAUCACACAGGUA